CUGGAAAAUUUCAUAACGAUAGGAGUUGGGAAAGAUAUCGAUGCUGAACUUCACUAUAAAAAUGAUACUGAUAAACUGCCUUUUCACAUAAAAACAAAAUUCUAUGGUGCUGAUCCAAUGUUUAUGGAUAACUAUGAAUUGUACUCAAAGAUUGGCUUAUUUUUCCCAUUAGCUAUUAGUGGAUCAGAUGGAUUUUCUAAAGCUAGUGUACUACUAGAUAAUAGAUAUCAGUCUUACGAUGUGUUUCAUAUUGAAUUCAUAUAUUAUCUUAAAAAUAUAUUGAAAAUUUCGACAAUUGAUAACCUAUGGAUGGAUAGUGAAUACGCAGAAUACGAACUUUUACAAUAUUUUUAUAAACAUGGAAAGUUGGAUGAUGCUGGAAUUACUGUUUGUCAAUUUAACAUGGAGGUUUUGAAAUAUUUUUUAGAGGUUUUCAUAAAAAAUCAAUUGUUUAAAUUAAGGUUCAUAUUGCUGGAAACAAUGAGCAAUUUGACAAAUUCAAAAUGUUUAUUCGGCAUAUUGUGAACGAUCAAAGAUACGCGAUUUUAAAUCAUAUAUUUGUUGGACAUCACCGCCUUUAUUUUUUCAAUCAUUCUGAUAAGUAUUGUGUUGAAAAAUAUUUGGGAUAUUCUUCAUAA